UGACCUCGGGCUCUAAACCCCACAUGCGCGUCUUGGCCAGGACCUCUCCCCACAGAGGCCCCUGUCCGAGCGCCCGGCACCAAGCGGGCACCUCCCCUGUGCCCGCUCAUCCCACGUUCCCAUCAUGCCUCCGGCUUCCUCGGGACUGCUCACCCCCCAUUGGAAGUGCUGAUCUUCUGCCUGUGGGUCUAGCCCCCAUCACGACACUUUCCACGCGCCCUUCUCUCCCUUGUGGCCGAGUCACCCAGAGCGCAGGUGACGAGAUCAGCAGGCUCUGUCCUCGAACGUAUUUGCAGAGGGAUGAACUCACGAAGGGGGGACACGGGAUGAGCAAACCCCAGGCUGGAGGCCGACAACUCGGGCCGGUGGGGCUGGGGGCGUGGGGACUCGGCAGCAAAGGGCCCAUGGGGCUUCAAGGCCUUCGACGACACUCAGUCUUCCAGAACAGCCGCACUGUUCAGGGGGCGCCCCAAGAAAGGAUCCCGCAAACCGAGGGGAUGCCCACAGAGGCCUCUGUGAGGGGUCUCGGGACAGCAGGCGGAGGCUGGUGGCCUCCCAGGUGCCGCACGCCCGGACGUCGCCUUUCCGCCGCGGUCGCUUUCCCCGGCCACCCCGCCGGGCUCGGGGCCCUCUGCCAGCCCUGCCUCUGGGGCCGCCUGCCUCGUCCUUCCGUGGUUCCGCUAGGACAUUCUCUGGAAAGCCAGAGUGCGCACAGAACCCACCGCCACGCGGGCCACCACAACCAGUGCCCCACGGGGACCGUCAUUUCCCAGGACGCGGGGGCUGCGUCUGUGCGAGACUGUUUCCGUGCUAAAUAAAAUCAAGACUCUGCGUGA